AUGCUCCGGGACUUCUGGUGCUUUUGCCCUGCAAUUCGGAGCUUCGGCUCUGAUGAUGUUGCCGACCGGGACCCGGUCCUUCUUGUAUCGGGUAUUGCCGGGACGAUUCUCAACUCCAAGAGUAAAAAAUUCGGGUACCAGACCCGGGUAUGGGUUCGGAUCCUCCUAGCUGACUUGGAGUUCAGGAGAAAGCUCUUCUCCAUCUACAAUCCCAAAACAGGUUACACGGAGGAAUUAGACGAUAGUAGUGAAAUAGUAGUGCCUCAAGAUGAUUAUGGACUCUAUGCCAUUGAUAUUUUGGAUCCUUCCCCUCUGGUAAAGUGUAUGCAGUUGACGGAUUGUUACCAUUUUCAUCAUAUGAUUGAUAUGCUAGUUGGAUGUGGGUAUAAGAAGGGCACCACAUUGUUUGGAUAUGGUUACGAUUUUCGACAAAGCAAUAGAAUCGACAAGGCAAUGGAUGGCCUACAAGAAAAGUUGAAGGCUGCUUAUAAAGCUUCUGGGGGAAGGAAAGUCAACAUAAUUUCACACUCGAUGGGUGGAUUGCUGGUUUUAUGUUUUAUCUCUCUUUAUAGUGAUGUAUUCUCCCAAUAUGUAAACAAGUGGAUUACCAUUGCCACUCCCUUUCAAGGGGCACCAGGAUGCAUCAAUGACUCUCUACUAACUGGAGUGCAGUUUGUAGAGGGCUUCAAAAGCUACUUUUUUGUGUCAAGGUGGUCAAUGCAUCAACUGCUUGUGGAGUGUCCAUCUAUUUAUGAGAUGCUGCCGAACAUUGAUUUCAAUUGGAAAAAGAAACCUGAGAUUCUGAUAUGGCGAAAGCAAUCCAAGGAUGGAGAAACGUCAGUUGAACUGGAAUCUUAUGGCCCUGAGGAAAGUGUGACUCUUUUUGAAGAAGCAUUAAAAAAUAACGAGCUAAGUUACAAUGGAAAAACCGUCCCUCUACCUUUUAACUCGGCAAUUCUUAAAUGGGCUGCUGGUACUCGCGAAAUUCUCAAUAAAACUCAAGUUCCGAAAGGGAUAUCAUUUUACAACAUCUACGGGAUAUCUUUUGACACACCUUUUGAUGUUUGCUAUGGUUCAGAAUCUUCUCCGAUCGACGAGCUAUCUGAGAUAUGCCAUUCAGAUCCUGAAUACUCUUUUGUGGAUGGUGAUGGAACUGUCCCUUCCGAAUCAGCAAAGGCAGAUAAUCUUGAUCCAGUCGAACGUGUAGGGGUUUCUGGCAGUCACCGGGGACUAUUGAACAACGAUAAAGUAUUUGAGCUUAUCCAGAACUGGUUAGGAGUUUCUUCGAAGGACAAGAAGCAUUUGAAGACCUCUAAGGUGAUGGAUGUACAUUAUUGUCGACCAGUCGAAGCAAAAAACUCUUCCCUGUAUUGA